CUUACUCGAGGGGCGUGGCCGCGCCACUUCGGGCCUGACUGCGCGGCAGGGUCGCCGGCGCCAUGGAGGAGUACGCUCGGGAGCCUUGCCCAUGGCGCAUUGUGGAUGAUUGUGGCGGAGCCUUCACCAUGGGUGUCAUGGGUGGCGGAGUGUUCCAGGCCAUCAAAGGCUUCCGCAAUGCCCCUGCUGGGAUUCGCCACCGUUUGAGAGGUAGUGUCAGUGCUGUGAGGAUUCGAAGCCCCCAGAUCGGAGGUAGCUUUGCGGUAUGGGGGGGCCUGUUUUCCACCAUUGACUGUGGCUUGGUGCGGCUGCGGGGCAAGGAAGACCCCUGGAACUCCAUCACCAGUGGAGCAUUGACUGGUGCUGUGCUGGCAGCCCGCAGCGGCCCACUGGCCAUGGUAGGCUCAGCCAUGAUGGGGGGCAUCCUGUUGGCCCUCAUCGAGGGUGUCGGCAUCCUCCUCACUCGCUACACUGCCCAGCAGUUCCGCAAUGUGUCCCCAUUCCUGGAGGACCCCAGCCAGCAGCCCUCCAAGGAGGGUGCUCCAGCCCCAGGCUAUCCUGGCUACCAGCAAUACCACUGAGGAAGCGACCACCUAACGCCGCCACCGUGGGAACCCCUCCUCGGGCCCCCUCCCCGAUGAUCUACCUCGAAGGGAGGGCUGGCUCCCAGUUGGCCCCAGACCCCACCAGAGAGGGCCUCUCUUCUACUGCCCUGUCCCACGGUGGGGAGGGGGCACCACAGCCCCCUUUUCUCUCUCAGGGCAUCCCUAGCCCCACACUCACAUGUAACGGAUUCUCACCCCGACCCCUUUGUGUGGUGCCCUGAAGAGUAUUUAAAGCCAGUUUUGAAAAGUCUA